AGUUUAGUGGCAGACAAGCGUCUCCUGAGCAGUUCUUUUUUUUUUCUCUCUUUCUCAUAUUCUCUCAGUGUCGAUCUGAGUUGUUUGUUUAGCGAAAAAAACCGCUGAUAGUCUUCUCUGGUUUUCUCAUUUUUAUCUUUUAAAUUCGUUUACACUCCAAGGCGCACUUCACCGAAAUGGGGCAUCACGCUGACCCCAACAAGUACGCCGCGUACCGCGAUGCCAUAGCGCUGCGGCAGCGCAUCGAGACCUUCGCUCUGGUCUUCUCCGUCGUCGUCAUCGCACUCAUCAUGACCUUCUCGGCCGUGCAGUUCCGCGAAUCCCCAUGCCAGGAACGGGCACACGAGAUCUCCUUCGACACCUUCUUGGACCCGAGCGCCACACGCGAGCAGGUCGUGACGGCGUUGCACGAGAUUCUGAACAGCCGCCGUGGCUCCCUCGACAUCCCACCCCAGAACGACGAUGCCGCAUCGGUGGUGCAGCUGGACGUGCUGGACACGGGUUCCAGCUUCAUCGGCUCGCACGGGUUCCGUCUGGUACGGCGCUCUGACGACUCCGGCUACCGCUUCGAGCUGCGCGCCAUCUUCGACAAGCUGUGCGGCUCGUACCCCACCGUGUCGAUGGAGGUGAUGCCCAACGUCGACUACGAAACGGUGACGUACCACAUCAAGGGGAUCGCCACGACGAACGGCACGGUCAAGUACCUUCAGCAGAGUGCGCUCAGCACGAAGGAAAAGAACCGUAUCUCGACGGUGGCGCAGCUGCAGACCGUCUUCCCAGGUUUUCACGAGUUCGGCGGCAGCGCAUUGCGGAUGUCGUCGACUCAUACCGCCAAGUACUCACUGGAGGGCGUCGCGCAGGUGUACUACAACGGCAGCCCGCUCGACCUGCGCGUUGCCGUCCAGUGCUGGUACACCGAAAAAGACAAGCCGCAGCUCUGGCGUGUGGUGGCCAGCACGCAGAACAUUCUCGCGGAGAACGAUCUUUUCUCGCUGCAGAACAGCCUCCAGCAAGGAUUCGCGGACCGCGGCAUGCUCUGCAACACGAGUUCCUCGAAUUGCGGGGCAGAUCUGGACAUCUACCUGCGGUAA